AUGAAUCAAUUUGUUUCUAAAUGGUUGUUCUCUACAAAUCAUAAGGAUAUAGGGGUGUUAUACCUUAUAUUUGCAUCUUUUGCAGGUAUGAUAGGUACAGGAUUUUCUAUUAUUAUCCGUAUGGAAUUGGGUGAUACGGGUAUUCAAAUUUUGAAUGGUGAUCAUCAAUUGUAUAAUAACUUAGUGACAGCUCAUGCUUUUCUAAUGAUUUUUUUUAUGGUUAUGCCAGCAUUAAUUGGUGGUUUUGGUAAUUAUAUGGUUCCUAUUUUAAUUGGGGCUCCUGAUAUGGCUUUCCCUCGUUUAAAUAAUAUUAGUUUUUGGGUAUUGCCUCCUUCAUUAUUAUUGUUAAUUAUAUCUACUUUUUUAGAACAAGGGGUUGGUACAGGUUGGACAUUAUAUCCUCCUUUAUCUGGAAUUCAGGCUCAUAGUGGUGGUGCUGUAGACUUGGCUAUAUUUAGUUUACAUUUAUCUGGGGUAGGUUCUAUUAUGGGAGCUAUUAAUUUUAUUACUACUAUUUUCAACAUGAGAGCUCCAGGAUUAGGAUUACAUAAAAUGUCGUUGUUCCCAUGGGCUGUUUUAAUUACUGCUUUUUUAUUAUUAUUGUCAUUGCCAGUAUUAGCUGGGGGUAUUACAAUGUUAUUAACAGAUAGAAACUUUAAUACUACUUUCUUUGAACCAGCAGGGGGAGGGGAUCCUGUUCUAUACCAGCAUUUAUUCUGGUUUUUUGGACACCCAGAGGUAUAUAUUUUAAUUAUUCCUGGAUUUGGAAUAGUUAGUCAUGUAGUUUCUACAUUCAGUGGAAAAAAUAUUUUUGGAUAUUUAGGGAUGGUAUAUGCUAUGUUAUCUAUUGGAUUCUUAGGGUUUAUAGUAUGGGCUCACCAUAUGUUUACAGUAGGGAUGGAUGUUGACACAAGAGCAUAUUUUACAGCUGCUACUAUGAUUAUUGCAGUUCCUACAGGAAUUAAAAUAUUUAGCUGGCUUGCUACAUUAUGGGGAGGAAGACUAAGAUUCCAAACACCAAUGCUAUUUGCAUUGGGGUUUAUUUUUUUAUUCACAAUAGGGGGACUAACAGGAAUAAUGUUAGCUAACGGAUCACUAGACGUGGCAUUACAUGACACAUACUACGUAGUUGCACACUUCCACUAUGUAUUAUCUAUGGGGGCAGUAUUUGCGCUAUUUGCUGGAUUCUAUUACUGGUUCUACAAAAUAACAGGUUACAGCUAUAACGAAACACUAGGUAAAAUACAUUUCUGGACUAUGUUCAUUGGAGUUAACAUUACAUUCUUCCCAAUGCACUUUCUAGGAUUAGCUGGAAUGCCUAGAAGAAUACCAGACUAUCCAGAUGCAUAUUUCUUCUGGAACCAUAUUUCAUCUGUUGGAUCAUUCAUCUCACUAUUUGCUAGCUUCCUAUUCUUCUACACAGUAUACAGCGCAUACGUAAACGAAACACCAGGUAAAACAUGGACAGAAAAAAACUACUUCUCUGGAUACAUACAAAAAAUCAAAUUACAAUUCACAUCUAUUGAAUGGACAUUAGAAAGCCCAGCAAGCUUCCACAGCUUUAAUCACAAUAUUCAUACUUUAAGUAAAAUUUAUUCUGGGAGUGUGGAAAACAAAAUAUGCUAA